AAAAUAGAAGGAGGAGGGCCAUAAUCAAUCCCGGAAGCGGAAGUGCAAGAGAGUGGCUCUAAGGGAGGGUGAGCAAUCGCAGCAGGCACCGUCAGCGGGGACCGUCUGGGACGGGGAAAUUGCUGGCCGCCGCGGAGUCUUUGCCAUGCCUCGGUACUGUGCGGCCACUUGUUGUAGGAACCGAGCGGGACAGAGCGCCCGAGAUCAGCGAAAGCUCAGCUUUUACCCAUUUCCUCUUCAUGAUAAAGAAAGAUUAGAAAAAUGGUUACGGAAUAUGAAACGUGAUACUUGGACUCCUAGUAAGCAUCAGGUGCUCUGCAGUGACCAUUUUACAUCAGAUUCUCUAGAUGUCCGAUGGGGUAUUCGAUAUUUGAAGACAACUGCAGUGCCAACUAUUUUUUCAUCCUCUGAAAACCAGGAAAAAGGAAUAUCCCAGAAGAAAACACAAGUGGAAAGAAUAGAAGAUAUCAAAGAAAUGAGCACGUGCAUAACAACAUCAUCUCUUAAAUUUUGUUCACCAAAGAGAAAUAUCUUACCUGAAGGAGGCUUAUAUCGAAAAACUCUUGAAACAAACCCAGACUGCGCAGCGAGAACGGAAGGACUAACACAGGAUACUGUGAAAGGUGGUACUGCAUAUUCAGGUAACUGUGUGAAACAAAAUAACCAGCAAGCAAACCAAAUAGUAGCAACGUCUGAUAUGGAAAACACAGGAGCCGUCCAUUCCAGUAUUCCAGGAAAUAGUCGGACCAUCAAAAACAUUUUUAAUGCUGCUGCUACAGAUUUGCAAGUUUCGGUUCGUGACCUCCAGUCAUGUUUUGAGCAUGGCACGGCUUCUAAAGCCACAGUUUUGCAAGCCACACAUCCGGAACAUGGAGAUUCGUCUCUGGAAUUCACUAAGGUCCCCAUACCCAUGAGCGAACUUAAAUCCAAUCAUUUUGAUUCUCAUAUUGCGAAUUGCUCAAUAGAAGUACAAACGGAUGAAAGUUCUGUGUUGCUUCAGUCUAUGUCACAAGCUUUGGAGCAGCUCGGUGGAAAUAAUGAGUCUGUCAUCACCAUUAUCGUUCCUUCAGAGGACUCAAGAACCCCCUUGCUAUUAGAGGGCGCCUUUAUAUCAGCAGAAGAGGUACUUACCCAUUUGGAAGCAGAAAACUCUGUUGUCAUCGGCAGCUGCAGCAGUCUUGAAGUGCUGCAAACUGAGCACUCAUACUGUAGGCAAGACACAGACCGGGAACAACUCUGGCAAAAAAUUACAAAGCUGCACUCAAAAAUAGCCCUUUUAGAAGUCCAGGAGAGAAAAACCCUAAGCAGACUUAAAGCUAUAGAAGCAGUUGUUGCACAACUGAAGCAAGACAAUCUCCUUUCGGAGGAGAAACUUAAGAUCGUAGAAAACUGUUUUACAACAUUUGAAGUUACCAUGAUAUAAUAAAAAAAGGGAUUGCAACUUGUUCUGCAAGUUAUUUUCUCGGGUGUCCUUUUGUUUGUUGGUUUGUGAGAGAGGGUGUUUUGUUUAUUUAUUGAUUCAUUUAUUUAUAAGUAGAAAUGGAAUAAAAAUGGGUCCAUCACUUUCCGCCCUGUCCUCUGCUCUUAGUAUCUUCCCAAAUUCUUUAAUAGAAUACUAGCUGAUAACCCGGGGUUGCCGGGGUACUUAUUUAUAGGGGGGAAAUGUCCGGACCAAACAUAAGUUCUAAUGUUGGAUUUUCCCCUCUACCAUAGGGAGCCCCCCUUGUGGAGUAAUAUGAAGCCAUUACAUGGCAACUCCACUGCUGCACAGCAGAAGCCAUUUUAUGGCAGUACAUUAGAAGCCAUUGUAAGGCAUA